AUGAGCGUACUGGGGUUUAGUGACAUUAUAAGCGGUCCGUUAGCUCAAUAUCUACAAAUUUCCGCCCAAAUUGGAGGAGAUGUAGCGGAACACUCGAGCCUGGUUAGAGACGCCUUUAAUGCCCAAUUCCAGUUCGUCCAAUUGGCCAGUGAGUCUUCCAAACCUUCCAAUAAUGACUUGAUGAAUUUAUUGGGACCCACCAGCGAGAAAAUCCGUCAAAUUCAAGAUUACAGAGAAAAACACCGCACUUCGCAAUAUUUCAACCACUUAUCAGCAAUAAGUGAGAGUAUACCAGCCCUAGGAUGGGUUACAAUCAGCCCUGCUCCGUCUCCUUAUGUGAAAGAAAUGAACGAUGCUGGGCAAUUUUACACAAACAGAGUUCUGAAAGAUUGGAAAGAAAAGGAUAAGAAGCAUUUUGAAUGGGUUAAGGCAUGGAUUCAAACUCUCAGUGAAUUACAAGCAUUUGUAAAACAGUAUCACACAACUGGUUUGGUAUGGUCAGGUAAGGGGGCCCCUCCGAAGGGCGUGCCACCACCCCCACCACCAGGUUGCCCACCUCCACCACCUGUACUGGACCUGUCUAGUAUGGGGGGAGCUGGGGAUGCAGGUUUGGAUCGUUCUGCACUUUUUGCAGAAAUCAACAGGGGGCAGGAUGUAACCAAGGGUUUGAAAAAGGUCACCUCUGACAUGCAGACACACAAAAAUCCAACAUUGAGAGAGGGACCCGCACCUUUCGUGGCUAGCGCCCAAUCGAAUGUGUCUGGAAGGCCAGCCCAAGUUGCUAAGCCUCCCAGUUUUGUCCGUGAUGGCAAGAAAUGGAUGAUUGAAUAUCAAAAAGGCAACCACAAUCUAUUGGUGGACGAUGCUGAGAUGAACAAUGUUGUGUACUUGUACAAAUGUGAGAAUUCCACUGUUCAAAUUAAGGGAAAAAUAAAUUCGAUCACGCUCGACUCAUGCAAAAAGACUUCAGUUGUGUUCGAUAGUCUUGUAUCAUCUAUGGAAUUCAUCAAUUGCCAAUCAGUACAGAUGCAGGUGAUGGGAAAAGUUCCUACAAUUUCAAUUGAUAAGACUGAUGGUUGCCAAAUCUACUUGAGCAGCGACUCGCUUGAUGUUGAUAUUAUUAGCUCGAAAUCAUCGGAAAUGAACGUUUUGAUACCCAAGGGCGACGGAGAUUACACGGAAAUUCCCAUACCGGAGCAGUAUAGAACGAAGGUCAACAAAAACAAGACGCUAACCACUGAAAUAGUUGAAAACAAAGGGUAA